AUGGCGUUGCAAACCGUUCUUCUCAGCGGUUUUGCCGCGCUCGUUGGUCUUGCUUGCGGAGCUGCGGGUGCACGUUCGCUUCUGCGAAAACGUCCCGAGGCCCGCCCACCUUGCCAAAGAGCGGCCGGAGCUUGCUCAGCAUCGGCUUUGGUACUCGUCGGUGUCCUUGGAUUACUAUGGUGUUUUAUUUCGCCGCCACCAUUUUCGGUAGAGAUCGUGGAGGCACCAAGCUUUCGACGCAACGAUCCGGCUUUGUCUGUGUACCUGGGUAAUGGUUGCUUCUGGCACACCCAGUAUGAUGCAUUCUUGGUGGAGCAAGAUGCCGCCGGUCCAUUUAGGGGCCGGAACAUGAGCCAGAUCACAAGCCUCGUUGGUUUUGCCGGGGGCCGUUACCAAAGUGCCGGCGGUGCGGUUUGCUAUGGUGGUCUGCCGGCCACGGACUACAGUCGACUAGGCCAUGCAGAGGCAGUUUCAAUCAUGCUAGACGAGAUCACUGGGCCAGUCGCGAGGAGUCAGGUGUCAGCUUUGGCACAGAUGUACUUCGAACAUGGCUUCCAAUCACUGCCAGAUGGUCGAAGGCAGCGGCUAGAUCCUCAGGAUGUGGGGGCUUCGUAUCGAAAUGUGAUUGGACUACCCGGCGGGAUGGACAACUCCGAACUAUGGCCUUUGUUUGAGGAAGCAAACACAUAUGGAAUGCCGCUUCUUCGAGGAGCAGUGGGUGACUCUGAAGGCGAGUACGUCGUCUAUGUGUACGACUCCAUGCAGUACCCGUUCUUCCGCGGUGAAGCACACCACCAGUUUCAUCCCAACAACGUCAUACAAAGACCAGUUCCAUUGUCCUACACGUCGACAUUGAAGAGCGUGCAGGAGGAGAUGGGAAGGCUGGAGGAUUCCGACAGGGGCUGCCCUGACAUUCCUUUCUAUGAGAUCGUUUUCGUGAUCGUGAUGCUGUUUUCCAUGACGCUUUCCAGUGGGAUUGUGAGACUAAGCAGCAAAGAUGGGCUGUUUCGACACCUUCAUCGGCACUCUGGUUACAGGGGCGGUGGAUUCUCUCGGGAUGACAUUCCUGGGACGACACUGGAAGAGCUGCUCAGAAGCUUCUCCAGGCUGGAGCGGAUCGACGGCUACAAGUGCGAGAAGUGCAGACAGACGGGGUGUGUGCGAAGCGCAUACAUCAAACGGCCACCGAACAACCUCGUGUUUUACAUUGACCGGCGCCAGGAUUCCAGCCGAUUCGGCAAGAUCAACCGUGCCGUGCAGUUCCCACAAGAGCUUGAUGCUACACCUUUUGUGGAGGAGAGCUCCUCCGGAAGCUACCAGCUUUAUGGGAUCGUUGUACACCAGGAUUUCAAUGGUUCGACCUUCUUUGGACACUACAUUGCCUUCGUCAAAGACAGAGAAAGGGGCUUGUGGCACCGGGUGGACGACGACCAGGUGUCAGAAGUGCCAUGGUCUGUGGUCAAGGAGCAGCGAGCCAAUCUCCUCUUCUAUGCUGCGAAGACAGUGUCUUUGCCACCAUGCGAGGAUGGCAUCAGCGAACCAAUUCCAAGGCCAAAGUCGGAUGACACGGAUGGCAUGUGCAAAGGAGCAGCAAGGCGUGUCCAAGAGGAGCACAACGUGCCUGUGGCAAGUGCGCCGAAGCCCGGACUUUUCCAACAAGAUGCGAGGCGAUGCGCCAACGAGACGAGUGAGGAUGCGGCCACCAGUCCGAAGCUUUCAGGUGGAUUCUUUGAUUUCGACGACUUGGAGGAGAAAGAAACCGAGAUGGCCCAGAGAGCAGAGCAACGCAGAGAGCUUUUGAAGGACUCGGUGUACUGUAGGUCGGCAUGCAAGAAGGGUGGUGUAGGAACCGGCGCAGCAUUGGCUACCCUCGAACAACAGGCCGCCAUCUCCGCGUGUGAUUCGCUGUUUGCGCUCAUUGGAUGGCGUACUGCUGCUCAAGGUGCUGUUCCUGGCAGUAGGCUGCGCUGUCGUGGAGACCACCAGGACCAGGACGAGCUUUCGGAUCGAUGGAAUGACAAAAGCAAGAGUAUCGAGAAGGUGAGCUCUUCCAAUUCUGCUGAGGUGGAGACCAUAGAGUCCGUAGAUCCUCAAGCGAUCCUUCAACGUUUGGAAGAGCACCGAUUGUCGGACGUGUUCGAAGCGGCUGCCCAAGACGGGGAGCCCGAAGCGAUGCUUUUCUCUCUGCAGGACAUCGAGGAGGAGCUCGAUGCGUUUCGCUGGAUCACAGCCGAGGUGGUCGCCCGCCGGAUUGAGCUUGAAGCAUUGGAGCAGGAAAAUCAGCGUUUUCGAGAGGAACAGGCACGUCUUCGUCAAAGCUAUGAAGGCAUGAUGGAGGAGGCAGAGUUGGACAUGCGAGAAGAUGGCACAGCAAGUUGA